GAGGGCGGCCCGAGUGGAGCUGCGCCUGCCCCUCCGGGAUGCUGGUGUGCAAGUCUGGGCACAAGGCAGGGUAGAGCAGGGACCGCUGCCCCCCGGAUCUGCCCCUGCGAGCCCGGGCCCGGGGCCUCAGCCAGCUGCGUCCCCCCCGCUUCCCCUCCCCGCCCUGUGUGUUCAAGCGAAGUGGAAAGUCCCAAGUUCGCAGCUCAACUUUCGCUUUCGCCUCCUCGUGUCGCAGCGCGAUCGGCUCCUGCCCCUGCCCCUGCCCCUGCCCCACCGCCUCAGCCCCUGGACCGGGCUGAGAGUCCUGCCCGGACCCCCGUUCCGCAGCGGGGCCGUGCGGAGCAGCCGGGGGCGCGGUGGCUGCAUGGGGCGGGGCGCGCGGCGCGGGACGGCGCUGCCCGGCGGGGCCGGUGGGACGCGGGACCAUGACGCUGACUUUUCUCGUGUUCUUGGUAAUAAGAGCAGUUCCCUCAGAAGCUGUGGUGUGCAGUCCAGGAGAGUACGCAGUACAUGGCGAGUGCUGCCCUAUGUGCAGUCCAGGUCAGCGAGUACAGAAACAUUGCAACAAUUUCUCCUCCACAAGCUGCAUUCCUUGUGUCGGGAACACAUACACAGACCAUCCCAAUGGCUUAGAGGAGUGCAGAAGAUGUAAAUUUUGUGAUGAAGAACUCAAACUGAUAAUAAAAGAAAAAUGUGUGUACACAAGAAACACAGUGUGUGGCUGCAGAGAGGGGUAUUUCUGCCGUGACUUCCACGAUGAGGACUGCGAAAUGUGCCAAAAACGCACCAUCUGCCCCCCUGGCUUUCGGGUGUCCAGUCCAGGUACAGUGACCAGUGACCACGUAUGUGAGAUCUGUCCUAAGGGAACCUUCUCAGCAGCAAAUAUGUCAAUGGUCUGCACACCAUGGACCAGGUGUGAAGACAGUGGUAUGGUUGAAGUAAAGGCUGGGACGUCUGCUUCAGAUGCAGGUUGUGGAAGAGGCAGAGAUGCUGUGACAACUGGAGCAGUUACUGGUCUUAUUAUACUUGUCUUGCUGUUGAUACCUGUAGCAGUGUUCCUCUACUGGCGAAAAAAAAAGAAGAGGAAACAGUAUGAGCCACGAAAACCGGAGACAGAGGGCCUUGAGAAAGGUGAGGAAGCACUGGUGCUGGUGCCAGAGAAUGGGCGAGAGAUAGCUAUAGGCAUUCAGGAAACCGCCUCACACCCUGGAGUGCUAGGCCUCUGACCUGACACAGACAAGAUCAGUUGAUGGAGGAAAGCUGUUGGAAAACGGGAAGAACGAAGACCUCUUAGCCAAGCCUGCAAGCCGUAUGUGUGCAGUCCUGGGGAAUAGCCACCAGCCUAGCUCCUGUGAAUGCAGCAUAGGCUUAUUUGGAUAAGGCCCAACAAGGAAGAACUGAGAAUGCAUCCAGCCCAGUUCAGGAACAGGAUGGUUUUUAGACUCCCUCCCUGCUGCAUUCCAGUAUCCUCCCCCUCUGGCAAGGGGGGUUAAUUGAGCUGCAUCUGGAGUAGCACGAUAGGAGCAUUGUAGUGGGAGACACCAACUGUACGACCAUCCUGCAGCACUCAAAUGUCUGAAGUCACACAGAGCUUCCUCACCAUCACCCAGCCUGUCGAUGCCACACCCAAGGAGGGACAACUACGGAUGUGCAACGAGAGGCUGAAGAAAAUACCUGACCGCAGGUCUGCGAAGGCCCCUGUGGGGAGGGCAGCAGGACAGAGAGACCCAGAUCCUUGCCCCACUCUGGAGGGGAGAGGGCCUACAAUAUGUACAUUACAGCAGCCGAGUCCUUCCCACCAGGGGAUGAGGAAGCAAGGCAAAGGUGGUCUCAGACUAGGCAAGACCUGCUGCAGUGUUAGUUACAUAAAGGCACAUGUACAGUGAAAGAUUUUGUCAAAUACAUUAAACGAACACAAGCAUGUGUAUCAAAAUGGUCCAACAUGGUGUAUAAAUAUAAGAAGAAGAAGAAUGGGAUGCAGUCUCCUUUUCCAUGUAAAAUCAGUAUCCUGAUUAUCGCCAUUUCUAUUAUGAACUCUCCCAGUGGACACAGUGCCAAGUUUGAGGACUGGUGUUUUUGAACACUGGGCUUCAUUCCAUACCUACACUUAUAUUCUCAAUGGGUUUUUUGUCACUUCUGUGUGGUAAUCUCCCAAGCAUGUGUCGUGUUAGACUCUGACACCACAAAGAGCUUCUGGUAUCCAGAAAUUUUGAGUCAUAUCCUGUAUUCACCCACCCAUUGAUCCCUCAACCUGUUUCUCAGUUCUGCCACAUUAAACCAACUGAUCUUCAGGUUGCCUCGAAGUGGUUGAUGGAUGUAGUGUUAAUAUUGUAAUAAACAAGGACAAGUUUUUAUACAACCAGUACUAAUUCUGAGUACUUUUCCUGACAAUACAUCUGCAUGUACUUUUCCUUACAAUACAUCUGUCACUUGAUAAGCACCUUUUAUCUAAGUCUCUUCUAGGUUUAAUAUACACAGAGAAUCUCUCAGGUAGGAAGUCUGUCUGGAAAUAAAGUUGAACCCUGUGGGUAGCAGCCCCAUUCUCCGCAUAGAACAACUGUCCUGUUGCAGGGGACCAGUUUAUUAUAAAGAGCUUUCAUUAGUUUGUAGACAAAGGGGUUCUUGACUGAGAGACAAGAUUACAGGGGAAGGCAUUGGUGUUAAUGUGUGACAUCCUGGGAGGUGCUGAUUUUGAAGAACGGGGAAAAGGCUUUUCAGCGCAGCCUGGGGAAGAGUGGAAGCAAGUGCCGGGUGGUGGAGAAGCAGUUGGAGGGGUGAUCCCUGCUGGCCUGGGUGGAAGUGUGGAGGGUAAUGUCAUCAUCUUGUGAGCUACGUGAGCAGGUAGGGAGGUAAAGUAGAGGCCCAGCUCUGCUCUGCUGGCAGGCUUAUGAACUGGGAGGAACAGCUGUGUUUUGCAUGUGCUCUCAUGCUGGCCUGCACUGUAUAUCCAAAUCUGCUGCAGAUCAGAGCCCCAGUGCAUUGCUAGAUCUGAGUCCCAACAUUUGGACCAGGCCUAUGGGCUGGCCCCUGGUGUAGGAGUAGGGCCUGGUGUGGCACAGGAUUUCCUCUGUGUCGUGGUGUCUAGGCCUGAGCUUUUGCUUCUGACUGCCGAAAGCCCAUCUGCUAACACAGAACUGUGUGUUAUUAGUGUUUGUAAAGGACUUGACCAUCCUCAGAGGAAAAGUGUUUGAGGGACGUGAAAUAUGAACUCUAAACAUAACAGCAGCUGCUUCAGUAUCGCAGGGCUGAGUGCUGAGAGCAGGGGUGUGGGAGUCCCGAAGGGGUGCUCUGGCCUCUGCGGUGCCUUUUUCCUGGUGCGUCAUCUGGGGUAAACUAUAUGACUGCUUCCUGUGAGUAAAAUGACGCAAUACCAAUGUCAUCAAUCAUUUUGCAAGAGUCUGCUCCUUCCUGUCUUAGGGGUUGUGCUGCUGGUUGUGCUUCGAGGGGGAGCCUGGGAAAAGGGGUUGUAAGAGGGUGCUCAGCUUUGGGAGUUGCAGCUUUGAGACUGUGUGCGUGGGGGGCGGGGAUAGGCACACUGUGGUGGGUUCUUGGUUUUUUUUACAUGACAUCAUCCUACUAAAGAGACGUUGCAGUAGGAAGCAUUGCUGUCUUGGGCUGUAUCUAGGAAGUGGUUUACAGCGUGCAGAUGAGAAAAGAAAGCAAAAUGUUAUUUGCUGCUGUUCUGAGGUUUCCUGCUAGCAAAUGAGCCACAUAGAAAGUGGGUCUUGAGAGUUGGGACCAAGUAGGUGGGAAGUUGCUGAGAAUUUGGGCUUGCACGGCUCCAUCAAAAUCAGUUCAUGCUUGUGAAGGGUUCUGUGCUAUGUCUGGGCCAGCGCUUUCCAAAGGGAAGAAUGAAAACAACCCUGGGCCUGUAAAAUUUCUGUAUCCGGCUGAGUUGAAGCAACAGCAUUUGAAGCCCUUUGUGUGUUGUUUGAGUUGCGCUCUUAAGGCGUUUGAGUACUGGCUUUAGUGAUGAUCGCUGGCAAGUGAUGCUGCUAGAAAUGAUUCCCUUUUAUACAGUUUGAGCUGUAUUUCCAUCCGCCCCGUCAUACAAACACUGCAGCCCAAACAGGGCAAGCACAGCUACCCAGCCCAAGGCUCAGGUACCCCAUCAGGCAGCCCCCCCGUCUUUUUGGCCAAUGAGUGCUGCCCAAUCAGGCAGUAGGACUCCCAUUAUCCAGACAAAGGCACAUCCUUAGGGAAAAAAAGGACCCUUAGCCGUGACAAGCCUACUCAGCAAUAGCCAUCCUUUGCCAAAUUGCUUGCUACCUCUGUCUGCUGUGAUGCACCUUGAGACCGACUUCUCUUACUCCAGCCUUGGCCAGUAGAUCCUGCAACACAUCUUGCGCAAGGCCACAGUGUCCCAUGCCUCCAGACUCCUCCCUGAAUGUAGCAAUAGUAUAGCGAUGACAGCUCCUUUCAAUCCCUCCUAGUCUAAACUGACACAACUUUGACUUGGACUGGCAUCUUGCUUUAACUUAAAAAGCCCUUCUCCCUUUCUGGUAUUUACUCAUGAAUACACUUAGAAGGAACCCUCAAUAUCCCCUUUCAGCCUUCAGCUGGCGAGGCUAAACAAGCCAAACUGGCUGAAUCCAUUGCCUCAAACACCGUCGGAGCUGUUUUUUGCAUCUGUUCUAGUUUGAAUUCAUGCUUUUUGGUCCUAGGUGACCAGAACUGGCCACAAUAUUUUAAAUGGGAUUUUACAAAUACGUUGAAGAAUGGUGCAAAUACUUCCCAGUCUCUUCUGAAUGUACCUCAUGAGAUGCAUUUCCGAGUAGCCUUUUGCACAGCUGCAUCCCUUUGGUAGGUAAUGGUCCUCCCUUGAGCAAGCAGUAUACCCGUGCAGCAAAACCCCCAGUUUUUGUUUUAUUUUUAAAAUGCUUUCCAUGCCGUUCCCCAACCAUUUCUGAGCUCUUCUCUGCCCUCUCUAUCCCUUAUAAGUGAUUACAAGUAGUACUAGGUAAGCUAAGUUCUUGUAUACUAUAAUUGUAAUAUUCCCCUUUUUAUAUUGUAAAUAGAGUUCUAUUAUGUUUGUAUUCAGUUUUGUUCUUUUAUAUUCCAUUAUAUUGUAUCCAUAUUAUUUGUACAUUGAUUUUUAUUGUUUCCUAUUAAUAUUGUAUGGUUUAGGACUGUGUCUGUAAAGUGAUGUCAAGUAUCCAUUCCCAUCUUUUCCCAUCUUGUCCCCAUGCCUUGUUGUGUAAGUAUGUUGCAGUUCUGUAACCUCUCCCAUGUAAAUUGGUUUUCCUUGAAUGCCUGAAACAAAAGAGGAAAUGGAUGAGUGAAACACAAUGAUAGCAAGACCCCCUACUAAAUCACCCCACCAUCCAAAGCAGUACCUGGACCAUUGACCCAGCCAUUGGAACCCCCCUCAGCAUUCAAGACGCAAAAGACGAGGCAACCCACCAUUGUGCCAAGUCUGCACAUGCUCACUAUGAGCAUCUGGAACAGGACUGACGUUGCCUGGCCAGGCCCUCCCCAUAGGAGAUCAUAGGUAGUCUGCCCCAUAAGAACGGGUAGUGAAAACUGACUCCUGGGUACGCCAUCUUCACCGGGACCAGACCUGCUCCACGUCACGCUGCCUAUCAACCCAGAGACCCUCCAGCGACCCCCCUCUGGACUACACCUGCUGGAGAAAGACCCUGACUGGCCAUUGAGGACUCGCUCCCAGCCUGGAUAGAUAGCUAUCACCCUCAUCCUGUCUUCAACCAAGGACUUAGACUCUGUUUCUCUUCCCUACCUGGACUCCAACCCUUCCACUCAGUCUCUUUCUCCUGCUACUAUUGUGCGAGUGUGUGUGGGAACCAAGCUGUACAAUACGGUGUUCAUUUAAUGAAACUGUUAUUUGGA